GUACACGUAGGUGUCUUUAUUAUCACCAAUGAGAUAGGACAAGUAGACCGACCUAGAUUUGACGUUACCCAGCGGUCAGUGAUGGCGGAAAAAGUCGUACCGACACGGGACAGUUUUGGUCGUCUGCAGGACGGGACGGAAAUUAGCAGAUUUACUUUUAAAAACAAGAGCAAUGUAACAGUCCGAAUUAUCAACUAUGGUGGAAUUAUCACCGACAUUCUCGUACCGGAUAAAAACGGAAAAGUAGUUGACAUCAACCUCGGUUUUGAUGACAUUAAGGGAUACGAAGCUCGGCAUCCUUAUUUUGGCGCAAUCUGCGGUAGGGUCGCUAACAGAAUUGCCGGCGGAAAAUUCAGUCUGGACGGAAAAGAGUACCAACUUCCGGUUAAUAACGGCCCAAACCACCUACAUGGUGGAAUAAAGGGCUUUGAUAAGGUGGUGUGGGAUGCGCGGGUGGACGGAGACACGCUUGUUUUGAAGUACGUCAGUCCGGACGGCGAGGAACAAUAUCCAGGGGAGCUAACUACGGAGGUCAGAUACCGACUGACCAAUGAGAACGAGCUUAGUAUCGAUUACACGGCAACGACGACAAAAGCCACGCCCAUCAACCUAACAAACCACGCCUACUUGAACCUAGCUGGACAGGGUUAUCCCAACCUUGAGGAUCACGUGAUUUGGAUUGACGCCUUCACAUACACGCCCCUGGAUGAGAACAGCAUUCCAACAGGGAUCAUAGCUCCCGUGGCGGGAACAGCCUACGACUUAAGAACGCCCACCCGCCUUGGCGACCGCCUGAAAAACGUCAACAACGGCAAAGGGUACGACACGAACUUCUGCGUGGGAGGACAGCUGGGGAAACUGACGAGGGUUGCUAGCCUAGAACAUCCGCCUUCCGGUCGAAAAAUGGAAGUUUUUACAACAGAGCCCGGACUGCAGUGCUACACCGGAUGUAAUAUGAAGCCGGGAGUGUUCGGGAAGGGAGGCGUGGAAUACCGGAAGUUAGCCUCAGUUUGUUUAGAGACCCAGCACUACGCUAACAGUGUAAAUCAGCCCAACUUCCCCAGUACGAUCCUCCAUCCGGGUCAAACCUACCGUCACACCACUGUGUACAAAUUUGGACUGUUGUCGUAAUGCUUUACCACUGUGUUAGAUUUUUUUUCAUUUUAAGUAUGAUUCAUUGAAUUUAAUGUGCUUUAAAAAAGGAAUGGAGUUAAAUUGUUUUUAUGACCCAAAAGAGAAAACAUCUGUGUCUUUGCUAGUAAGAUUUCUGCGUGUUUAUCUGUCAUAUAUGUUGUGCAUAUUAUACAUGCAUAUUUCCUCUAAAGUGUUAUUUCGGUUAAUGGAAUAAAGUUUAUUGUCAUC